AUGGCCGCCGCUCGCACUCAGGCCAACAACAGCAAUUGCCUUCUCCGUGACGUGCAACAAACCAACUGGAGCUGGGACACCUGGGACUUGCAGGAAGAUGCGAGGAGCAAGGGAAAAGAGCAUGGUAGUAGCAGUGCCGGCCACGACGAGAAUGUCGACGACGAUGAAGACCUGGCGUGGCGGCUGCAGCUCGAGGCUCUGCAGGAGGUGCCGGGCUGGGGCGAUGGGGAUGGCGAUGCGGAGUUCGCGAUGAUGCAGCAGGUCGCGGAGAUCGAGGAGGCGGAGAAGAUGAGGAAGAAGGCGGCAGGGUUACAGGGAGGCGGUGAUGAUGAUGAGGAGUUGGCGUUGUUGAUGGCUUUGGAGGGGGUGGGUGGGUGGUGGAUGGAUCAGCAUGAGGAAGGGGUGGGGAUGUCGUCGUCGGCAUCGAAGGAGGCGGACCGCCGAAGCAACGCCACUACCCUUUGUGCUACCACCACCUCGACCGGAACGGCACAGCUGGCAAAGGACCCCACAACGAAGGGAUCAUCGGCAGGGAGUUCGAAAUCGCAGCGCAUUCCCGCGCCCCUUCCUGUGACGAAGAGGUCGACUGCUGUCUGCGCGGUCUGCAACGAACCUCCACUGUCAUCGUCCACUUCGUCUUCAAGCCCCAAAGAUGGAAAGGGUCUCGCUGUCCUUCCGUGCGGCCAUGCAUACUGCGCAGCUUGCUUGAACAACCUCUUCCGCGCUGCUGUCAACGACCUGUCCCUCUUCCCGCCGCGAUGUUGCGGUGUACACAUCCCUCUCGACGGUAAGGAUGAUGAGGGUGGUAAAGAGAAGAGUGAUAAGGGAGGGGCGCGAAAUAAGGUCGGAGCAAGUAAAAGCAGUGCAGGAGCAGGUUACAGGCCAUGGCUGGAAACAGAAACGGUGGCGGCGCUUGAACGACGGCUGAAGAGCGCCAAGGAGACGAUAGUUGAAAAAACAGCAGCGGUGGAGCAAAGUGCAGCAACAGCAGCUGCGGCUGCGACGAGUCCUGAGGUAGAUGAGGAGUUCCUGCGCAUGGCUGAGGCGUGUGGAUGGGCGAAGUGUUAUGGGUGUGGAAGAUUCGUGGAGCUGGAGUUCGGGUGCAACCACAUGGUAUGCUGCUGCGGUGCGCAUUUCUGUUACGCCUGCGGAAAACCGUGGAAGACGUGCAACUGCGCACAAUGGGACGAGGACAGACUGCUCAGGCGGGCAGCAGACCUCGUCGUCCCUGCUGCGGGAAGACCGAACGAAGAGGCGGCGCCAGUAGCAGCACACAACACCACCCCUAACCAACCGCGACCCACACCACAGAACACCGAGCCUCUUCAGCCCAAUCGAAGAGACGAAGCUUCCACCCGUCAGCAACAGCGGCAACAGCGCCAACGCCAGCGCCGCACCCAAUCCGCACAACACCCCGUCCCGCCACGAGCACCGACACCACCACCUCCUCCUAACCGCAACCCUGUCAUCCCACCCCACGCCCCUCCUUCCUACCCGCUGCCCGUGCCUCCCAACCACCACCACCACCACCACCACCACCAGCACUACAAUGCCGUCGGCAACAACAACAACAACGCCGACGACGAAAACGACCCCCCACCCCCCUACCCCGGCCCACCCCUAGCAACGUCGUUGCUAGACUCCUCCUUCCACCACAACCCUUACUUCGGCGACGACCCGCGCCCGCAGCGGCCCCUCACACGCACCGAGUACGCACGCUUGCGCGCCUCCGUCCGCACUGUCGUUGAUGCGCUGAAUGGGGUGUUGGCGGGGAUGGAUGAGGAGGGCACAGCCGCCGGUGGGGGUGCGGGGGUUUAUGGGGAGAGGAGGUCCUGCGGGGGGCACUGGGCGCUGUGA